AGAAGAGCCGCAUCAUCUGUAAGCACGCGCUUCCAUCCACAGUCUCCCAUCUUCCAUCUCUCAUCUUCAAGACUGUCGCGUGCUCGACAAACUUCACUUCUACGUCUAAUAUGUACCGUUAAACCUUCUUCUCGAUUAUAUAUGUCUUCCUAUACACACGUGUCCCUACAUACUCUCCUAGACUUUCGUGCAAUUCACGCGUGGUGAUCACCGAUGGACGCCCCCGCCGAAUCGCCAGAAUUAACCUGGUCCGCUCAGUUUACCGUCGCGCAUCCCUCACGAUCUCUCCCCGGCGAUAAAAUACUCCUUCCCCCCUCAGCUUUAGAACAGAUACUCGCAGCCGCUCCCGUCGUCACUGUCGAUUCCGACCAACGUCAUAUCACGUCCUUCGACCCUUUCAACCCAUAUACAUUCAACGCCGAGAGACAAGCCCGCGCCCAAUACCAAGAUCGCCAUCAGCAAUUACCGCACCCGCUUACCUUCCGACUAGUCAAUCCCGACAAUGGUAGACUUGUCUAUGCAGGCAUUCGGGAGUUCUCAGCCGAGGAAGGCCAAAUCGUUCUAAGCACUUUCCUGAGUGAAGCCUUGGGUAUCAAAGGGACAUCUACAACAUCGUCGAGAGACGGAAGUCCAGAUAGUGGCUCCGACGAUGUCAUAGUCGAUGAGGCAGGUCAUGUAGCUCUUAAUGGCACAGACGCAACCAGGAUUACCGUGCAUGCCCAACAGUUACCUAAAGGUACUUUCGUGAAGCUACGCCCCCUCGAGGCUGGAUACGACCCCGAAGAUUGGAAAUCGUUACUCGAGGAAUACCUACGGUCGAACUUCACGACCUUGACAAAUGGAGAAGUGCUGGUGGUAAAUGGAGGUCGGGCAUCGGGUGGUAAGCGUGAGGAGUUCCGGUUCCUGGUCGAUGGCUUCAAACCUGAAGGAGAUGGUAUUUGCGUAGUGGAUACCGAUUUGGAAGUGGAUAUUGAAGCUUUGAAUGAGGAGCAAGCUCGCGAAACUCUCAAGCACAUCGCUGCCAAAGCACAGCGAGCCCCCGGGACCAAUAAAGGUAGCUCCGUGGGAGGGAAGUUGGACAUUUUUCGACCACAGGAGGGGCAAAUACUCGAAGGCGAAUACGUUGACUACGAAUUAUCAUCUUGGGAUCGAUCACAGGGUCUCGAGAUCUCUCUUAAAGCGUUAGAGGAAGACGACGAUCUCGAUCUACUUGUCAGUCCCUACUCAUCAAGACAGCGGGUGCGACCGCGAGAAGAUGAAUACGUAUUUGCCGACUUCUCGGGACGAUAUCCAGCGCGAAUACGGCUGCAACCAAGCAACGUGGAACUUGAAGACGCUGAGGCGAUCUGGAUCUCAAUACGCGCGUACCCCUCUCAAUCAGCAUCGACUCAACCCAAAUCUUUUCAGCUGCAGGCUUCGAUAUUCGAUCCCUCACUACGACCACCAACCCAGUCCAAUGGAGUUUCUGAAGCACAACCAAAUCCCGGAGAGGUACAGUGCAAGAACUGCAAUCAAUGGGUUCCACAAUCAUCACUAUUCCUCCACGAAAACUUCUGUCUUCGCAAUAACAUCAUCUGCCCGCAAGGGUGUGGGCAGGUGUUCCAGAAACGAUCUCCAGAAUUCCAAAACCAUUGGCAUUGCCCACAUGACAGCUUCACUGGAAACUCAACACAGGCCCGCCACAAACACGAUGCCGUUUUCCACUCUCCGCAGUCUUGUUCCUCUUGCGGACUAGAAUUCCCCUCAAUACCCACUCUCUCCCAUCACAAGACGACCACAUUACCCCAAGAAGGCGAUCCCAACGAGCCACCGAGCGCUGAGCUCCUCCUCUCAGGGCUCACACCCCACGAACUCGCAGAUGGCGGCCGCACAACAGAAUGCCACCUGUGCAAUAAAAUCGUUCGCUUUCGAGACAUGGAAACUCACCUUCGCCAUCACGACCUUGAGCGCUUCUCUCGCCCCAUUCCCCGGCUAUGCCGCAACAUCAACUGCGGCAGGACGCAAGACGGUGUCAGUAAGACGGGCGACACACGCGCGGGCACCCGCAAAGGUCAGGGCCCCGGGAACGAAGUAGGCCUCUGCAGUGUGUGCUUCGGUCCCUUGUACGUAUCUCUGCAUGAUCCGGAGGGCAAAGCCUUGCGCCGCCGUGUCGAACGUCGCUACCUAUCCCAACUCCUGACCGGCUGCGGAAAAGCAUGGUGCAAGAACGAGUAUUGCCGGUCCGGCAGGAAAAACACAGGCCAGGGAGACUCCGCUGUCGCCACAAAAGACGCUAUCCCAAUGGUGAAGCCAUUCCUCGAUGGCAUGGAUGGAAAGGGUUACUCGACGCCGUUGCAUUUUUGCACUGACGAGGGCAGCCAGCAAAGGAGGAACCUUGCAGGUUUGCUGAGCGCCGAGCCGAGUAUCGACGGCAAGGGCGGAUACUCGAUGGAGUGGUGUGUGGCCGCUUUGGAAGCCGAGAACGGUGACCUGGACAAGGCGAGGGCCUGGCUGAAGGGUUGGGCACCUCAAAGGAGUGAGAGCAGCUGA